AUGUCGAGUAAUGGAGACGAAUCGUUAACGCAGAUGAAUGGAUCGGAAAGUUUGAGCUCGAUUUUAACACGUUCAAGUAACAGCAGCCAAAGACAAAAAACUUUAAGUGUAAGUUCCGCAGAAGAACCUCUUCAUGUCGCUGAUGUUGCCGACCUUCUGCACCCACAAUAUGCAAUCAUCACAGGUGGACGGUCAAUGGAUACCGGUUCACCUCUCAUAACUUUUCCGGACCACAAUAACUUUCAUUUGUUAUGUGAUCGAGAUUAUCAGCGAUUAAUUCAGUACCUGAUUGGAGUCACAUCACUACAAGAUGCUGAUCUUGGCUUUCAACUUAUCAUUGACCGGCGAAAGAAUUCGUGGGCGUCUGUUAAAGCAACAUUUUUUCCGGGACUUAUUCAAUGCGUUUAUGUAAUUCGGCCAUCCGGUUUCUUCCAAAAAGCUAUUUCCGAAGUCAGUUCCAAAUUCUUUAAAGAAGAAUUCCGUUUUCGAGUGAUAAUUUGUGCACAAAUAGAAGAACUUCAUGAGUUUAUUCAUCCAUCACAACUAACGUCUGACUUGAGCGGAUCUUUGUUCUAUUCACAUCAUGAAUGGAUACAACAGAGAAUUUCACUCGAGAAGUUUUCCUGUCAAACUACACUCGUAGCACAUCAUCUGGAAACAUUUAUGCGACAAAUUCAUGACACUGAAUUUCCCAAUUCAGUUGAAGCUACCGAACAGCUACUGAUUGAACAAGGCACUGAAUACACAAAAUUAAAGGAUGAAAUUUUAUCGGCGGGUCUUCAAGGCGAAGAGCUUUUAGCAGAAAUUCGGAAGAAGACCGAAAUGUGUGUGGAUAGAAUCGGAAAUAUUAGUUCAAUAGAGCGUCGCGAUACCUCCAGAUUAAUUGUGCAAUUACAAGAGACGGAAUUGAGAUUCGAUCAGUUUUAUGAGGAACACAUGCGGGAGCUACGUCAGUGUUUGGAAUUGCGACGUUUUGAACAUGACUUCAGGGAGCUUCAGUCAAAGUUUGAUGGUCAUUUAAGAGCGUUAAGUGAAAUGACAGAAAUUGGCGAUACAGUUACACGAAUCGAUCAUUUCAUUGAAGACAUUAUGGCUUUUAAGGAAUCGUGUGAAGCAGACAUUAUUCGAGCUGAUGAAGCGAUGACAAAAGGACAAAGUAUUAUUGAUUGUAGCGAGAAAUGUUCAUCGAAAGAUAUGGUUGAACCAAAAUGCAAUGAACUUACUCGUAUUGUUAAAUUGUUUAAUGAAAAACUAAGCAAACGAGCAGAAACUCUUACGAAAGCUCGCGAUCUCAUGGAGAGAAUCGAUAUGGCUAAUGAAUGGUGUGCCAAAGGCAUUGAUCUCUUAGCAUCACAACGAAUUGAGAACGUAUCAGUCCCACCGGAAACUGCUGAGAUUAAGUUACAUGAAAUUAUUCAGUUUAUUGAAUCAGCUGAAGAAUUCCAAUUGUCAAAUUUGAGAGAUUACGAUGAAAGUACUUCGUUGGAGAGUAUAAUUGUUUCUCAGGUUUUACAACGGAUCGAUGACGUUAAACUGAUGUGUGAAAAACGUAUUGUGACAUUGAAAAAGUUGGCAACAAAGCCUUCGAGGCCGAUUCAAACAGUGACACCUGAACCGGCUGUGCCAUUACAACCUAACACGGGCGCCCCACAUUUAAGGCAUCGGAAGCAUUCAUUGCAAAGGGUGAGUUUAUUACUGAGAUUAUUAGAAACUAAAACAUAUCGAGAUGAUGAAUUCAUGAGUUGACUUUAACGACGACGAAACAAUAAAAGUGAUGACAUCUAAAUUGUUACAAUUGUGUAACUCAAAUCAAAA